AACUAUUUUAAAUAGUAGAAUAAGAUUGUUCAUGUAUUUUAUUGUGUACGCUAAUAUAAAUAUAUACAUUAGUUUAUAUGUAUAUUAAAAGAAAUACAUGUACAAUGUAUUUUGUGAAUAUUUUAUCUAAAUUAAAAAAGGAAUUGCGUCACUCAAAACAACAAGUUUAAACCGCCCUUUGGCGAAGAUUUAGGUUUGGAAAAUUGAAAAAAAAAAAUUAAGCCCGUGACAAGUAUAAUAAUAAUAUAUUUAGAUAGUGUCACAACUACGACUUCAACACACCGCCCAAUGUUGCGGAUGUCUAUAACAAUUCGUCACAAUCAAACCUUUUUUCCUCGAGAAUAAAAUUACGUACCGCACAAACCACAACUUCACUUCUCAUUUUCGACCAUUUUAUCUUUGUACGACGACGAUGUCACUGCAGUGGUACGCUUUUUGCUUAGCAUUUCUAAGCAGAACAUUGCUUGCAAACUGCAAAACAUUGCCAUUGUUUAUUGUCGAUGACGAAGUAAGUACUGUCCGAGACCUAGAAAAUAGAAUACUGGAUUUAAUUGAAUCGUCGAUACGGUAUUACUUACGAUCAGACGUUGACGACGAUGAUGUGGAUUUAAAUUUAAUGCUUGGUGUAUCUAUAAUGAAAGGUCAAUUUAUGUCGUGUGCUGACAAUCCUCGAAUGAACUAUAAUACUGAUUUAUAUAAGAAAUACAAAUUGAAUACAAUGAUUGAAAAUCUUUAUUCAAAAUUUUAUAAAAACAAUUUAUUGGAUUCAACAAAAAAAAUUCUCGAUCACGAACUUUGGAUAUCCCCGCAAACAUUAAUACACAAAUCAAAUAUUACAUUACCUAGCAAAAUAUGGUACGAUAAGGAUAUUUUAGCCAAAAGUGAUGCAUAUUUUCGUAAUAUUUCUGACAAAUGCAUUAGUCAAGUGAUUUUUUCAUGCAAUGUAACUUAUGAAUGCUUUCAACUAGAAUUCCAGAAUCAUUUUUUUAGAUAUGCACUUACGCAUCAAGUGUUGUACAUUCAUCUUUUAAAAAAAAUGAAUUGUAAAAAUAUGAAAUAUCCAAAUAAUGUGUUAAAAGAAAUAAUACAUCAUAAAUGCACUACAGUUUUUGAAGAAGCUCAAAACAUAGCCAACGAUUUUGAAAUGUCAGACAGAUAUAAAGAUUUAUUCAUUGAACAAAUUGCUGUUUGUGGAGUACAAAACAUGGUAGAUUUCUUUCGGCCAGAAUGGUUUUCAAUUAUUGUGUCUUCAAUAGUACGCAAUGACUGUAUUGAAUACAAAAAUAACAAAUUGUCCUGUGAUUCACACUUAACAGGUGUAUCAUUGGCAGCGUUGGGAGUGUAUUGGAAAUUUUUAUGUUACAAAGUCAACACAUACGGAGUAUAUUGAUUUUUAAAAUACUAUAAUUAUAUAAUAUUGGAUAAUAUACA